CCCUCUCUGUCCCCCCCCCCGCAGUCUGCACGGGCACCGACAUGAAGCUGCUGCGUCCCUCCAGCCCCGAGAGCCACUACGAGACCCUGCGGCACCUCUACCAGGGCUGCCAGGUGGUGCAGGGCAACCUGGAGCUCACCUACUUGCCCCCCGACGCCGACACCACCUUCCUCAAGGACAUCAAGGAGGUGCAGGGCUACGUGCUGAUCGCGGAGAACCAAGUGAGGCAGCUGGAGCUGCAGAACCUGCGCAUCAUCCGGGGGACGCAGCUCUUCCAGGAGCGUUAUGCCCUGGCCGUGGUGGGCAACGCCGGGCCCCCGGGGCUGCGCCAGCUGGGCAUGAGGCACCUCACAGUCCAUUUGGCAUCCAAAUCCCCACCACAAGGACCCCAAAUCCCUGCCCUGGGGAUCCCUACUUCCCUCCCCCAAGUCCCUGCCCCACUGCCCCCACUUGGCACCCAAAUCCCUACCACAAGGACCCCAAAAAUCCCUGCCCUGAGACCCCACCUACCCCCCAGCAUCUCACCCUGGGGACCCCCACAUCCCUUUGUGGGGGUUAUCCAUCGGGGUCUCUGUCCCCAACCGUGUCCCUCUCUCUGCCCCCCCUUUGCCCCCCCCAAAGUGACCAACAGCAUCUGCCACGGCUGCCCCCGCUGCAAGGGCACGAAGCCCACCGACUGCUGCCACGAGCAGUGCGCCGCCGGCUGCACCGGCCCCAAGCACUCCGACUGCCUGGCGUGCCUGAACUUCAACCGCAGCGGGAUCUGCGAGCUGCACUGUCCCCCCCUCGUCAUCUACAACUCGGACACCUUCGAGUCGGUGCCCAACCCUGAUGGGCGCUACACCUUUGGUGCCAGCUGCGUCAGCCAGUGUCCCUAUAACUACCUUGCGACGGAGGUGGGGUCCUGCACCCUGGUGUGCCCCCAGAACAGCCAGGAGGUCACCGUCAACAACGUCCAGAAGUGUGAGAAGUGCAGCAAGCCCUGCCCGGAGGUGUGCUACGGGCUGGGGGUGGAUUUCCUCAAGGGCGUCCGUGCCGUGAAUGCCUCCAACAUCCAGCACUUCGCCGGCUGCACCAAGAUUUUCGGCAGCCUGGCCUUCCUGCCCGAGACCUUCACAGGGGACCCCAGCACCAACACACCCCCCCUGGACCCCAAACUGCUGCGGAUCUUCGAGAGCCUGGAGGAGCUGACGGGUGAGAAGGGGUGGCCACCCCCCCACCAGGCGCUCACCCGGCGGUGUCUCGGCAGCGGCGCCUACUCGCUGACGCUGCGGGACCUGGCGGUGCGGGCGCUGGGGCUGCGUGCCCUGCAGGAGAUCAGCAGCGGGAUGGUGCUCGUCCACCACAACCCCCAGCUCUGCUUCCUCCAGAAGGUGCCCUGGGACAGCAUCUUCCGCAACCCCCGCCAGCGCCUCUUCCAGACCCACAACAAGCCCCCCGAGCAGUGCGAGAGCGAGGGGCUGGUCUGCUUCCACCUCUGUGCCCACGGGCACUGCUGGGGUCCUGGCCCGACCCAGUGCGUUGCCUGCGAGCGGUUCCUGCGUGGCCAGGAGUGCGUCGCCUCCUGCAACCUCCUGGAUGGAGCCGUCCGGGAACACGCCAACGGGACGCGGUGCCUGCCCUGCCACCCCGAGUGCCAGCCCCAGAACGGCACAGAGACCUGCUUCGGAUCGGAGGCGGAUCAGUGCGUGGCUUGUGCCCACUACAAGGACGCGCAGCAGUGCGUGCGGCGCUGCCCCAGCGGGGUGAAGGCAGACGCCUCCUUCGUGCCCGUCUGGAAGUACCCGGAUGAAGAUGGUGUCUGCCAGCUCUGCCCCACCAACUGCACCCACUCGUGCACGAUCCGGGAUGAGGACGGUUGUCCUGUGGACCAGAAGCCAAGCCACCCCGAGUGCCAGCCCCAGAACGGCACAGAGACCUGCUUCGGAUCGGAGGCGGAUCAGUGCGUGGCUUGUGCCCACUACAAGGACGCGCAGCAGUGCGUGCGGCGCUGCCCCAGCGGGGUGAAGGCAGACGCCUCCUUCGUGCCCGUCUGGAAGUACCCGGAUGAAGAUGGUGUCUGCCAGCUCUGCCCCACCAACUGCACCCACUCGUGCACGAUCCGGGAUGAGGACGGUUGUCCUGUGGACCAGAAGCCAAGCCAGGUGACAUCCAUCAUCGCUGGCGUGGUGGGGGCUCUGCUGGUCGUCGUCCUCCUCCUCAUCACCGUCGUCUGCGUCAAGCGCCGGCGGCAGCAGGAGAGGAAACACACCAUGAGGCGCCUGCUGCAGGAGACCGAGCUGGUGGAGCCGCUGACGCCCAGCGGAGCCCUCCCCAACCAGGCCCAGAUGAGGAUCCUCAAGGAGACCGAGCUCAAGAAAGUGAAGGUCUUGGGUUCUGGUGCUUUUGGCACCGUCUAUAAGGGCAUCUGGAUCCCUGAUGGGGAGAGCGUGAAGAUCCCGGUGGCCAUCAAGGUCUUGCGGGAGAACACAUCGCCCAAGGCCAACAAGGAGAUCCUGGACGAGGCCUACGUGAUGGCGGGGGUGGGCAGCCCCUACGUGUCCCGGCUGCUGGGCAUCUGCCUGACCUCCACGGUGCAGCUGGUGACCCAGCUGAUGCCCUACGGUUGCCUCCUGGACUACGUGCGGGAGAACAAGGACCGCAUCUGCUCCCAGGACCUGCUCAACUGGUGUGUGCAGAUCGCCAAGGGGAUGAGUUACCUGGAGGAGGUGAGGCUGGUGCACCGGGACCUGGCCGCUCGCAACGUCCUCGUCAAGAGCCCCAACCACGUCAAGAUCACCGACUUCGGGCUGGCCCGGCUGCUCGACAUCGAUGAGACCGAGUACCACGCUGAUGGUGGCAAGGUGCCCAUCAAGUGGAUGGCGCUGGAGUCCAUCCUCCGCCGGCGCUUCACGCACCAGAGCGAUGUCUGGAGCUACGGUGUCACCGUGUGGGAGCUGAUGACCUUUGGGGCGAAGCCCUACGAUGGGAUCCCUGCGCGGGAGAUCCCCGACCUGUUGGAGAAGGGGGAGAGGCUCCCGCAGCCCCCCAUCUGCACCAUCGACGUCUACAUGAUCAUGGUGAAAUGCUGGAUGAUUGACUCCGAGUGCCGGCCCAAGUUUCGGGAGCUGGUCACCGAGUUCUCCCGCAUGGCCCGGGACCCCCAGCGCUUCGUGGUCAUCCAGAACGACAUGGCCGGGCUGCCCGGCUCCAUCGACAGCACCUUCUACCGGGCCCUGCUGGAGGAGGAGGACAUGGACGACCUGGUGGACGCUGAGGAGUACCUGGUCCCUCACCAGGGCUUCUUCAGCGCCGAGACCUCCACCACCUACCGCAGCCGCAUCUCCUCCACCCGGAGCACGGCGGAGACCCCGGUUGACGUGGAGGAGGGUGAAGGCUUGGCCUUCCCCUUCACCCCCCAGGGUUUGCCGGAGGGGCCGGAGGGUCCCGCGCCGGAGGUGCCGGAGGGGGAUGGCGGUGCCAAGGUGACCCUGCAGAGCCCGUCGGGGCGGGAGCCGGGCACCCUGCCGCGGUACAGCGAGGAUCCCACCCUGCUGGUGCCCGAGGACAGCGAGGGCAUGGACCCCGAGGGCUUCACCGCCCCGGCCCCCCACCCCACCAUGCCAGAGUACGUGAAUCAGGCCGGGGAGCAGCGGGCACCCCCCCGGCACCCCCCUGCACCCCCAUCCCCGCCGGACAAACCCAAGGGCCACCAGGGUAAGAACGGGCUCAUCAAGGAAGCCAAGCACCCCUUCCCGGGGCCCUUCAGCCACGCCGUGGAGAACCCCGAGUACCUGGCACCCUUCGACAACCCCUACUACUGGAACCAGGACCCCCCCAAGGCCGGUGGUCCCGAGGGUGGCCCUGGCACGACACCCACAGCUGAGAACCCCGAGUACCUUGGCCUGGCCGGCCCCGACGACGUGGCCGUGUAGGGCCAGGCCGUGGAGACCCCCCCCAACUUCACCGAGGCAGCUCAGGGAGGGAUGGCACAGACGUGGGGCCGGUGGCUGUCCCCUCUGCCCGGUGGCUAACGCCGGAGGGUGACACCGGCCACAGAGUGACACCAGCCACAGAGGGCUGGGAGAGCCCACCACGCUUUGGGACAGCGCAGCAGCACAUGUGGGGACAGAGAGGGGUCACUCUUUGUGCCAGGUAUUGCUCUGGGUGUCCCCCCCCCCUCCUCCAGAGCUGGCCACCAGCAGGGGUGACCCACAAGCCACGCUGAGCGACCGGGAACAGCCCAAAGGAGCUCAGCCCCGGGGAAGGACACCCCACCAUUGUCACCCCAAAGGCUCCUCUGCCACCACCCCCCUCUCUCCGGGGCUGUCCUGGUCCAGCUGGUCCCACAGACCUCGCCACUGGGACACACGGACUUGCACUGAGAGCAGGUGGACACCGGGCCCUUGUCCCGGCUCCUCCUGGAUUCUUUUGAAGCCGACUGUAUCGCACCGAGAUGUAUAUUUGAUAAUUGUACAUUGUUUUUUUUUU